AUGUCAUCGGUCAAAGAACCCUUGCCCACGUCCACCAAAUCAAAGACCGGCUAUAUCUCAAGUGCGAUCAUGGGUCAUCUCAAAGACACCGGACACAAGAUGGAACCGGAGAAAGCUUUCGAUGUUGUUUGUCGCAUCCCACUCAAUCGAUUGAAGGCGGCCCGAGUUUGGACACUAGCCAUGACCGAGUCGAUCGCCAUUCGCUUACUUUGCACAGACCUGUGUGCGCAAAAACGACUGGUUCAAGCGCUUCAAUUGCCCUGA